AUGACUGGAUCUGUUCCAGGAACUAGGCCCAGGAACCAGGUCCAACCUCAGGACCUGAUGCCACAACAAAGGCGUGUCAUCCCUUAGUCCACCUCUUUAAGCCUCUUAGUGCCUGCAGGCGGCCUGAAGGGCUGCAGUUGCCUCUGACCGGACCAUGAUUUAAUCCUUUAGUGGAAAGGUUCUUUGGCUUUCUCAGGUUUGUCACCCUGCCAGCACACAGGUACAGCGAGGAGGCCGGACCAAAAAACUUGGCAUGGAUGAGCUUUUGUUACCGAGCGGCGAGGAGGAGGCGCGAUCCGACCAGAGCUCAUAUGCUCCGGCAGACGCAGGGAAGACGAUGGGGGACCGGGUGAAGGCUUGCUUCCACCUGCCGAAUGGGGACCUGAGGAGGAAAGUGAGGGAUUUCUGUAAGAGGAAUGGGCUGCUCACACUAUCAGUCGUUGCCGUGCUUACUGGAUGCACGCUGGGCUUCACGCUGAGGGGGACUCAGUUGUCCACACAGGCAAAAAUCUACUUCUCUUUCCCUGGAGAGCUGCUGAUGAGGAUGCUGAAGAUGCUCAUCCUUCCUCUCAUCACGUCCAGUUUAAUGUCAGGUCUGUCGUCGAUGGAGUCCAAGGCGUGCUGUCGGAUGGGCGUCCUGACUGUCACAUAUUACCUGUGGACCACUUUCAUUGCCGUCAUAGUUGGCAUCGUGCUCGUCAUCAUCAUCAAACCUGGCGUGGGGACAGAUAUGGACAGCAACCGGCUGGGAGGCGGGCCAGUCAUGACCUCUGCCGACGCCCUGCUGGACCUCAUCAGGAACAUGGUCCCCUCCAACCUUAUUGAGGCCACCUUUCAGCAGUACAAAACGGACCUGAUUCCUAUCCUCAAAGUCCCGGCCAGAACCAUACAGCCAAACUUUGUCUACGUCUUCCCUGACGACAACCACCCUAAAGGCCGGACGGUGUACUUGGAGCUAACGCCCCCGCCAGAGAUCCUGUACAAGACGAGCCCAGGGACCAGCCAGCAGAUGAAUGUGCUCGGCAUUGUCAUCUUCUCCGCCACCAUGGGCUUGUUGCUGGGCAGGAUGGGAGAGCGAGGAGCUCCUCUUGUCAACGUCUGUCAGUGCAUCAAUGAGUGCGUCAUGAAGAUCAUUAAUGCUGCUGUCUGGUAUUUUCCAUUUGGGAUCAUCUUCCUGGUGGCGGGAAAAAUACUGGACAUGCAGGACCCGAGUACACUAGGGAAGAAGCUGGGCUGGUAUGGCAUCACCGUGCUCGCCGGCCUCUUCGUCCACGGGCUCAUCCUCCUUCCUCUCUUCUACUUCAUCCUCACCAGGAAGAACCCCUUCUCCUACAUCCGUGGGUUGCUGCAGGCCAUGGUGAUAGCCCUGGCUACGUCCUCCAGCUCUGCAACACUUCCCAUCACCAUGAAGUGUUUGUUGGAAAACUGCCACGUCGACCGACAGAUUGCUCGAUUCGUCCUCCCUGUUGGGGCAACCAUUAACAUGGAUGGCACAGCUCUGUAUGAGGCAGUGGCGGCCAUCUUUAUUGCUCAGGUUAAUGACUAUGAGCUGGACUUCGGCCAGUUGGUCACAAUAAGCAUCACAGCUACGGCUGCUAGCAUCGGUGCAGCGGGGAUCCCUCAGGCUGGUCUGGUUACCAUGGUGAUCGUGCUUACAUCUGUAGGGCUUCCACCAGACGACAUCACACUCAUCGUCGCCAUCGAUUGGAUCCUGGACCGCUUUAGGACCAUGAUCAAUGUCCUUGGGGAUGCUUUGGCGGCGGGAAUCAUCGCCCAUCUCUGUCGGAAAGAUUUCCCCCUCAGCGGAUCAGGAAAGCAGCAUGUACCAUCCUAUGGUACGCAGAAUCCUCAUGCUCAUAACAACUCCCACAGCGUAGAUGUGCCAAUGACGGAGCUCCACACGCAUAACCACAGCAUGUACGACAACAGUCACGCACACACCGUCUACUACAACAUCUGUCAGGUGUGAUUGGACAGUCCUACGCAGCAUGUCUCAGAACACCUCUGAGUCUGUGACAACCCUGGUCAGUGUUCACCGCACCACCUCAACCGGAGCAUUCAGCAGAGAUGGACUUUAUGGUAAUGAAACAUGAAUCUUCUUCAAGGAAACAGAAACUGUGCAGCAGCCACCACUAACUGUUUAAAUUAGGUGACUCAGGUUUGACUGGGAGACGGACUAACCUCUGUUCAGCUGAAGCUUACAACAGCAACCAUUCUUUAAAAAUAAGGGAAGUUUUAGUGACUUUAUAUCUUGCUGGCAUCGAGAGGUUUUCCAGGAAUGCCUGUUUGGAUGGAGGCUCAUUGGUGACCUGGACCACUCUGGGAUGGACAGUGUGUUUCAUCAGACCUGAGUAUCUGUUGGGAUUAUCCAGGAGGAGCUACCUGACUGGGCCACGUGGACUGUCUGGACCGCUACACCUAGAAGUGACAGGAGAAUUAGAUGGAUGGUUUUGUAGACACUCCGCCAAUUGCCACAGUUGGCCGGACAUUUGAUUGACUGUACACAGAUGGGAUGUUCCUGAUCCUGUAUCUGGGCGCUGAGGUGGAUCAGUACCAGGGGAGUUUAACACAGCUUUUCACCCUCUCGUCAUCUUCACUCAGAUAAAGCCUGAACAAGUCCGCCAAAUCCGGAUUGUUUUCCCCAGGCAAGCUUAAUAGGCCCCGUUGGAUCCCAUUGGAUGGAACAUAAAACACAUGUUCACUUCAAAGUGAAGCUGAUGAGCUAAGAUUCCUGAAUAUUUGGAUCCUUUGGACUUUUCAUUGAAUGUUUUGGGGGAUUUUUCUUUGAUCUACCACAGGGACUGUCUUCUUUUUGAGCCACGUCUCUGUCCAUUGUUCACAACAGGUUUUUUCUCUCAGGUGUUUAACAAGCCCUUGAGUAAGCUGUAUUUUAUUGGCUGGUGCUCAAUGCCGCCCCUGCUCAGACUAGUUAAAGGGUCAAAGGGUAAUCCGUCCGAUACGACGACAGAUAAUUCCAAGUGCUCUUCAUCUCACAGACUUUUACAGACCUUCUUUAUUGUCUUGUUUGUAUCUGACAGCAUGCAGGCAUGCGUUCUUCUUACUGGCUUCAUGUGAAGUCCACGUGCAUUAUUUUAUUCUUCUGUUGUUGUGCUGACUUGAAUGUUGCAAAGUAAACUAAGUGCUGUAGGGAUCAUGGGCAUUUCACUCAAUGUAUGUUGCAGCCAACAUGAACAGAUGCUGGUUUGGUUUCAGGUUUGUAUGUCUCUCCUCAGUUUACUGAGAGUCUUAAUAGAAUCAGUUAUGGAUCUUUCUGGGGCCACAAACAUUAAAUCAGCCCUCCAUUCCCUCCAUUCAGCUGAAUAGUUCACCCAAGUUUAAUGAUUUAAAAUCAAAAUCACACAAAUAUAAGAAACUUGCAUACUUAAUUUGUUUGGUAAGAUGGAGUCCAGCAGGUGACGUGGUAAAGACACAAAUAAGAUUGUGCAAGUACAAAGACACUUUUAAAAUACUCACUGUGUACUUAAAUGGAUACCGCACCUCUGUGCUCCUUCUGUUGUGAGAUGCGAAGCCAAAACACAACCUCUACGGGUGCUGACAUAUUGCUCUAGUGAAUCCGAGGCAUGAGCAGCAGCGAUCUGACUGGUGGAGCAGCAGUAAUGACGUUCCACCCCUUCUUCUAACAAACCCACCUUUGCUAAUCGCUCCCCCGUUUUUGCCAGGGUCAACAGAAAGAGGUGAAAUCAUAAACAAUGAAUUUGAAGUGCCGUCACUCCUUCUAGGAUUGAUUUGAUAUGACUUGUGUGAUCAGGUUGUCCCUAGAAUCCCCUUUGCUAUUCAGAGUUAAUAACUGUUGUCAAGCGUUUGACCAAUCAGAAUGAAGUAUUUAAUUUAAGAAGGGUUUUUAUCUGACAAUAACUCUGUGUGGACAUCAUACUUUACUGAGCCUUUAUAUAUACAUGGAAACAUUUUAACAAUAAUUUUUUUAAUACAGAAGUAUGAUUGACUUAUUCAGGUGCAGUCCAUCGAUUAAUGUGUGUACAGUUUGUAUUUCACAACACUUGCUUGGCUCCAAAAACGUUGAGCUUUUAGGACUAACAGUGAUGAUUUUUAAGAUUAAUUUCACUGCAAAGUCAAACUCCAGUGUGUUAACAGGAUAACUCUGACUCUUUGGAAAUGGAGACAAUAUUGUACGGGAGGAAAUUAACGAGCGUUGUCUUGAUCUCUAUUAGAAGGUCAGUGCAUUUUACAAGUUUAAGAGAAUGAGUUGCUGUUCCUCUCAGAGUCGUUCAGGUGAAUUAUCACAAAACCAUCCAAUAAGAACCAAGACAUGAUUCAUACAGCACAUAACUUCAUCACUGUGGCAAAAUAACAACCCUGAUACCUUCACAACAGGUUUCUGCAGACUACUUAACAGGUUGCUUUCCAUAAAGCAUUUCACAAACUGAAACCUCAGAAGAUAGUCAGGAUCCACCAAAGGUUACCUUUCUAAGCUAACUUUAUUCUCUCCGUUCUAACUCGUGUGGUGAAGUGCCCAUUGAACUUCUCUGUGUUUUAGAAAGUGUUCGACUGUAGACCUGCCUUAAUUUGACUUUUUGAACCUUUGUUGUUUUAUAACUCACAAACCUCAAUAAGAAUCUGCCAACGCACACCCGUAACCAAAGGAAACUUUUUGUCAAACUGCAUCAUGUAAAUACUUUUUUUAACAAUAUAUUACUCAUAUGUUUUUGGAAUAAAGUUCAUGUUUAUUUAUAUUUGAAAUAAACACUA